GACGGUGGUGACCAUGUUGCUGUCCAGCAAUGCUCAGUAUUCCCCCCACUGCCCCCUCCCUGUGGAUCACUUCGAUGUGUACGCAGUCAAACUGGCUCAGCAAGUCAUGUGUAUGCUUCCAGCUAUUUCCUGAUACUUAAGCCCAAAGUUCACAGUUGUCUCCCAAAUCCCUGUUUAACUUUACCACGGGCUGAGAUUCAACAAGUUUCAGGCCCUGGAGAUGGAUCCUAUUCAGCACCCGGAUUUGCCGGACUCCCCUUUCACAAGGGCCCCGUUUGAAGUUGUGGACAAUGUCGCCCUCCCCAGAUGGUCUGCUGAUAUCUGGGAGAUGGUGGAAAAGUUCCAGGCUAAACCAGAUGACCUGCUCAUUGUCACCUAUCCCAAAGCAGGAACCACAUGGAUUCAGGAGAUUGUGGAUCAGGUUAAUUGGAGUGGUGAUGUGGAGAGCUGCAAACGUGCACCCAUCUAUGAUCGGAUUCCCUUCCUCGAGUACUUUGUGGGGCCAACUAUGCCUACUGGAAUUGAACUAAUUGAGAAGAUGCCAUCUCCGAGGAUGAUUAAAACCCACCUUCCCUUCCAGCUCAUUCCCAAAUCCUUCUGGGAGCAGGACUGUAAGGCCCUAGUAGUCGCUCGCAAUGCCAAGGAUUGUCUCGUCUCAUAUUAUCACUUCCACCGGAUGUGUCUAAUUCUACCCGAGCCUGGAACUUGGCAGGAAUUCUUCCAAAAAUUCAUGGACGGACAAGUGUGCUGGGGGUCCUGGUUUGACCAUGUGAAGGGAUGGUGGGAAGCGAUGAGUCAUCACCGAGUUCUUUUCCUCUUCUAUGAGGAUAUAAAAGAGAACCCCAGACAGGAGAUCCUGAAAGUGGCCAAGUUCAUGGGGAAAGUUCUGGAAGAGGAAGUCAUUGAGAAGAUCGCCCAGCUUUCCUCCUUUAAUGUCAUGAAGGACAAUCCGAUGGCCAACUACACAACUCUCCCGGUGGAAAUCAUGAAUCAGAACAUCUCCAGAUUCAUGCGAAAGGGUCAAGUUGGAGACUGGAAGAAUCACUUCACUGUAGCACAGAAUGCAGAAUUCGAUGAGCAGUAUGAGAGACAGAUGGCAAACUGCUCAGUGAAGUUUCGCAAUGCCUUGUAAAGGCUGUCAGCAAUAAAGCAAUAAAAUUCCUCCAAUCAUCAAAAA